AUGGGCGAACGAGGCUCCAAGUCGAAGCGCCAUGAGAUAGGAGCCACCACGUCGUCGCAAUGCCAUGGUAGAGAAGCCACACGUCAUCCCAGGGCCACGAGAGAGAGGCUACACGUCGUCCCAGUGCCACGAGAGAGAGGCCACACGUCGUCCCAGUGCCACAAGAGAGAGGCCACACGUCGUCCCAGUGCCACGAGAGAGAGGCCAGCCGUCGUCCCAGUGCCGCGAGAGAGAGGCCACACGUCGUCCCAGUGCCACGAGAGAGAGGCCACAAGUCGUCCCAGUGCCACGAGAGAGAGGCCACACGUCGUCCCAGUGCCACGAGAGAGAGGCCACACGUCGUCCGAGGGCCACGAGAGAGAGGCCAGCCGUCGUCCCAGUGCCGCGAGAGAGAGGCCACACGUCGUCCCAGUGCCACGAGAGAGAGGCCACAAGUCGUCCCAGUGCCACGAGAGAGAGGCCACACGUCGUCCCAGUGCCACGAGAGAGAGGCCACACGUCGUCCCAGUGCCACGAGAGAGAGGCCAGCCGUCGUCCCAGUGCCGCGAGAGAGAGGCCACACGUCGUCCCAGUGCCACGAGAGAGAGGCCACAAGUCGUCCCAGUGCCACGAGAGAGAGGCCACACGUCGUCCCAGUGCCACGAGAGAGAGGCCACACGUCGUCCGAGGGCCACGAGAGAGAGGCCAGCCGUCGUCCCAGCCUGGCCCGGCCUCCCGCGGCGGCCGCAAUGUUCGUCAGUCCCACCUCCGCCGCGCGAGGACAUGGCGCCGAGGUUCAUCUGCUGUAAUUCGGGAACUAUUCCAAACAGCCCGACACAAUAA